AUACUCUGAUAGAGCAGAAGGAGGCAUUCACCAGCCAACAAAAAUUGAACGAAACUCACAGCACUGCUAUUUCUUAGUGAAUAAAACUUUAAUGAAAUUUUUGAAAACACUUUAGUCACCUUUGCCAUUUCAUCAAUUCAAGUUACAGCAUCAUCAUCAUCAUAGCCCGCAACAGCUUAAAAAGGCUUGUAACGCGGUCACGGUUGCUUUAACCACAAAACCAAACGACGACGACUUCGAUUGUUCACCAUUUAAUUGGCCAAUAAGGAUUAAAGUGCGGAACGGAAUUAAACAAAACGCCAAAAACAAUAACAACAAACACAAUGAAGUUUUAUGCGUUUUUCGUCGUGCUGCUACUCGCCAUAUUUAACCAGUCAUCACUAGGCCUACCCUUAAGAGAUUCCCCCAUAAACACCAUAGUUAUACCUUAUGAGCCAUACAUAAGUCAAAAAAUUUUCAAUGGCAGAGGAGAAUUGAAACGAGUGUUGGUUCCCAUUAACAUGGACAUUGUGCCAAGAGGCAAUCUCAAAAAAGGUCAACUGGGAAUGGGUAAAAAUGGUGUCGCCCUGAAUUUCGCCGAAGGAGCCUAUCCCGUUUACUAUAUGCCCAGCAGUGUGAAUGGAAAAUUUAAUGGCAAAAUAUCUUUGUUGGUGUAGCAAACGCUGAUCGCAAAUAAUGAUAUAUUAUAAGAUUAUUUUUUUAAUUCUACUAACAUUUAUGUAAGUGUAAGUGCUGUG